AUGGGUCAGACUCUUUCCGAGCCAGUUGUCGAAAAGGCAUCUGCAAAUGGCGAAGACGACCGGUUAAUCUAUGGCGUGUCGGCCAUGCAAGGCUGGCGGAUUAGCAUGGAAGAUGCGCACACUACAGUUCUAGAUCUACUCGCCUCCAACGAGGAGGCAGCCAAGCAGCAUUCAUCGAGACUUUCCUUCUUCGGCGUCUUUGACGGCCACGGCGGUGACAAAGUCGCGCUUUUCGCCGGUGACAAUAUCCACAACAUCAUUGCGAAGCAGGAUACCUUCAAGGCCGGCAACUACGAGCAAGCCUUGAAGGACGGCUUUCUCGCGACUGACCGCGCGAUUUUGAACGAUCCGAAGUACGAGGAGGAGGUUUCUGGAUGCACGGCAUGUGUCGGACUUAUCACGGGCGAGAAGAUCUUCAUUGCCAAUGCCGGAGACUCCAGAAGUGUUCUGGGCGUCAAGGGUCGCGCAAAGCCUCUGUCGUUCGACCACAAGCCUCAGAACGAGGGUGAGAAGGCACGAAUUACUGCCGCUGGUGGCUUCGUCGACUUUGGACGAGUCAAUGGAAACCUUGCUCUUUCACGAGCUAUCGGCGACUUCGAGUUCAAGAAGAGCGCCGAAUUGGCUCCUGAGCAACAAAUUGUCACAGCGUACCCUGACGUAGUUAUUCAUGACAUGGGCGACGACGACGAGUUCCUUGUCAUUGCUUGUGACGGUAUCUGGGAUUGCCAAUCGAACCAGGCAGUCGUCGAGUUUGUCCGACGUGGCAUUGCAGCUAAGCAAGACCUAGACAAGAUUUGCGAGAAUAUGAUGGACAAUUGUCUUGCUUCGAACUCGGAGACCGGGGGCGUUGGCUGUGACAAUAUGACCAUGAUCAUUGUCGGUUUCUUGCGAGGUCGGAGUAAGGAGGAGUGGUACGAGGAGAUCGCCAGGAGAGUUGCCAAUGGCGACGGUCCCUGCGCUCCUCCCGAAUAUGCUGAAUUCCGGGGCCCUGGCGUUCACCAUAACUUCGAUGAUAGUGACAGCGGCUAUGACGUUGACAUGGACCACAAGUCCAAGAACUUUGGCAUUGGUGGGUACAGGGGUCGAAUUAUUUUCCUUGGAGAUGGAACCGAAGUUUUAACCGAUUCAGACGACACGGAGAUGUUCGAUAACGCGGAGGAGGACAAAGACCUUGCGAGCCAGGUCUCGAAGGGCUCGUCUACUGCCCAUGAUGGCGACGAGGAAGUCAUCGGCAGCCCCACGACCCCGGAGAAACUCGAUCUCGCCACGAAAGCGUCCGAAAUCGCCGCCGCCGUAUCGCCCGAAAAGGAGCACCCGCCGCCCGCCGCUUCCCAAUCCGAGUCAAAGCCUGAUUCAAAGGCUGCCGAAGAGGCAGCUGAGGAAAAGAAGGCUUAA